AUGGCCAAAGAUCUGAAUGGAAGCAGCGACAAACAAGCUCUACCACGAAAUGACACGCCGAGAAAAUCAUCAUCACGUCGAAAACCAUCAACAUCAAAUCCCUAUCAAACAUUUUGGCCAUCAGUUACCUUGGUGUUUGUCGUGUCGAUUGUUAUAGCGCUGUAUAGAUACAACGCGCUACCAACACCAUUGGAUUCACCGUAUGAUGAUGCUGGAAGGCCGCAGUUUAGUGAGGGACUGGCUCGUAAAAUCGUGUCAGGACUAGCCGAUGAAAUUGGAUUAAGGUUGACGGGCAGUCUUGGUGAAAAGCAGGCUGAAGACCUCAUUCUUGGGAAGCUUGACGAGUACAAACAGGCUUCUAUUCAGGCUGGUGGAGUGCCAGUGUUUGAGAUAUCGGUCCAACGAGCUAGGGGAUCGCAUGAAUUCUACAUUCUACAGUCGCCAGUGCUAAAGAUAUACGAAAAUAUUACGAAUAUUGUAGUGCGCUUAUCUUGCGGGUCAGAGUGUAACAAGAAUGCAGUCUUGUUGAAUUCGCACUUUGACACCACAUUGCUCACUCCUGGAGCAACAGAUGAUGCCGCGGGUGUUGCCAUCAUGCUGGAAACAAUUCGAGUAUUAGCGCUCAGUAAAACUCCAAUGAAAAAUGCCGCCAUCUUCGUAUUCAAUGGCGCAGAAGAAACAUUACAAGAUGGAAGUACUGCUUUUAUACGACAGCACGAGCUCAAGGAUACAAUCCGAAGCAUUAUAAAUAUAGAAGCUUGUGGAUCUACAGGCAAAGCAGUCGUAUUCCAAACCAAUAGUCCUGAUUUGAUGAAGGUGUAUGCUAAAACCGUGCCGUAUCCAUCGGGAACUGUGUUAGCAAACGAUGUUUUCAAGACUGGAAUCAUCGGUAGUGACACUGAUUUCAAGCAGUUCGUCGCUUAUGGCGGACUGCCUGGUAUUGAUCAAGCAUACAUUAGAAACAGUUAUGUGUAUCAUACGAUGUUGGAUGUGGAAGAGGCUAUUGAACGUGGAUCGCUGCAGCAGCUUGGAGAGAAUACGUUGAAACUGGUUGAAGCCAUCACCACCAGUGUUGAUGACCUUGCUGAUUGGAAACAGUCCUACGAUAUAAUCUUUUAUGAUCUCCUUGGAUAUGUCGAAAUAGUAUACGAUUCGAGUACGGGAUUACGCCUCAUGAUAAUCAUAGUCAGCCUAUCGCUGCUUCAAAUAGUCCGAGAUGUCAACAGGGAGCGUAACAGCUCGGGUGAUAACGCAGUAGUAGCUAGGUACCUUGUCGCAUAUCUAAGCUGCCUGGUAUCCUUUGUCGCAUCUCUAGUAGGACCAGCAUUGACUGGUCUCUAUAUGCAAACCAAUUCAGUACCAAUGAGAUGGUUUACUCGUGAAUGGUAUGCCAUUAUCCUAUUCUUUCCUAGUGGUAUUCUCGGAUUAUUACUAGUGCAAGCGGGAACGAGAAGGAUUUACCAAUAUCUGUCACCUGGUUUGGCUUAUGAGAAAAUGGAGCGAGCUACGCUGACAGGGUUGUUGGCAUUCAUGUCUACCCUGUUUGUGUUAUUUACAUGUCUUGGGCUUGGGUCGGCAUUCGUAUCUAUGAUUUAUACAGCUACUCUAUGGCUUGGUCUAGUAGUGGAGAACGUGUUUCGAGAGCCCAAGGGACUGGUACCUCCUGGUAUCUACCAUAUAAUCUUGCCUCUUCCAGUCAUGGCUACCACCACGUUUGUUGCUGGAUUACUUGAUAUGCUCAUACCAUUGAUGGGUCGGAUCGGUGCAUCCGCUCCCACAGACUUAGUAACUGGAGCACUCUCAGGAACACUAGUUUUUUGGAUGGGAUACAUGGUUCUUCCGGCCUUCCAAAGGCUCAGUAGUUAUUCUCAAUGGAAUGCUAUUCGGCUUAUUGCUGUGUCGUCUCUGGUGAUGCCAGUAAUAUUCCAACUAUUUGUUUCGCCAUAUGACAAUGCUCAUCCCAAACGAAUAUGGGUCGAGUAUAAGAACAAUGCAACUAGUGGAGAGCAAUCUCUGUUAGUAGCACACGCAGACAACGCUAUGAUGCCUUCUGUACUAGCCACCAUAGAGAAAGUAGUGAAGAGCAAACCGGUGCUGAGAAGUCCAGAAGUAUCUGAUUAUGAUUGGGCAGCAUUAUUCCCCUUUAGCCACUUUAUCGAAUCAUACCACUUCACCCUCCCACCUGCACCAGCAGGUGCCAGUGACAACCCGGCACCCGAGAUUCGAGUCUUGAAAUCAGUUUACAAUGAAUCUAAAAACGAAAGAAGUGUGGUAUUACAUGCCUUCCAUCCUAAUCACGUAUGGACUGUCAUGUCGUUUUACGCAGAGGUGCUGGAGUGGUCGUUGGAUUCACAGCCUGAAGAUCAUCCUUCGGUGUAUGUUGUGAAGAACGCAGGUGGAUACAUCACUAACGGCUGGACCGUAAACAUGACAGUUAGAGGAAGCGCCAAAAUCCCCGUCGAGCUCACAGGUCUAGAACGAGACUCGAUGCAUGGACUCGGACGCUUCGAGGGUGAACAUUCGAAACGGGCUGGUAGGAGCUGGUUGUGGAGUGACAAUUAUAGAAGUGCUAGAGUGUUGAAGGAUGUAGAACGGGCUAUUAGUGAUUUAGAAUACGUCAAUGGGGCUUUUAUAUCCGUUGACGUUGUUAAGAUUAAUGUUUGA